AUGCGCGAGACAGGCAACAUCUUCACAGGCGAAGAAUACCAGACACGCCUUGGCAUCUGGCUUGCUAACAAGCGCCUUGUUCAGGAGCACAACCGCGCUAACCUCGGCUUCACAUUAGCCCUUAACAAGCUUGCUCACCUUACACCAGCUGAGUACCGCGCACUCCUCGGUUUCAAGCCAAACGCCAUGCAUUACCAGGCAGUCAAAUCCAACGCUGUUCCAAACGAUAAAAUUGACUGGCGUGAGAAAGGUGUUGUAAACCCAAUCCAGGAUCAGGGCCAGUGCGGUUCUUGCUGGGCUUUCUCUGCUAUCCAGGCUCAGGAAUCCCAAUACGCUAUUUGCUACGGCAACCUUCAAAAGCUUUCCGAACAAAACCUUGUUGACUGCACUACAUCAUGCCACGGCUGCAAUGGCGGUCUUAUGAUCAACGCUUACGAUUGGGUUAUCAAACAUCAGGAUGGAAAGUUCAUGUUAGAGAAGGAUUACCCAUACUCCGCUGUUGGUGGAUCAUGCAAGUUCGACAAGAAUAAGGCUGUUUCUAAGAUUGUUUCCUAUUAUAACGUUAAUGAACAAGAUGAACACGAUCUUGCUAGCAAGGUUUCAACAAUGGGCCCAGCUGCUAUCGCUAUCGAUGCUUCCCACUUCUCAUUCCAACUCUACUCUCAGGGCAUUUAUGAUGAACCAUCCUGCUCCCCAGUUAUGCUCGACCAUGGUGUUGGCUGCGUUGGCUACGGCACAGAAGGCAGCACAAGCUACUGUAUCGUUCGCAACUCUUGGGGCAACGGUUGGGGCGAGAACGGCUACAUCCGUAUGAUCAAGGACAAGGCUAACCAGUGUGGUGUUGCUACAAUGGCUACCAUUCCAAUUGAUAAGUAA